CAAUUUUGGUGAUGAGUCCGUAGAGUAUCAUUCAUUCGCUCGUUCAUUCAUCUCACUGAAACUGAAGCUUAGAAAUCAUCGAUCCUUUACCAAUCAUCAUCAUCAUCAUCUAAUUCUUCCACUACGCAGCACACUCCCUCGCUCUCAGCUCUCUACUGUCGAUAACAAUGACAGCCAUCUCAAAUUCUUUGGUUCCUACCAGAAAUCCCCGGGUUCAGUUCUCUCCUGUCCCAUUGGAUAUAUGUCUUCAGAGUUCUAUGCCCACCAAGUUGUCGUUCAAUUUGAAUUGUCCAGGAAAACUUCAACUUGCUACCUCCAGAAGGGCAUUCACAGUUAAAGCUGCACAUAGUGACAGUGGAAGGCCAAGCAGUGCAGGUAUUUUUGUUGGUGGCUUUGUUUUGGGAGGACUUGUAGUUGGUGCACUUGGUUGUGUAUAUGCACCUCAGAUUAGCAAGGCAUUGGCCGGUACCGACCGCAAAGAUCUUAUGAGAAAACUCCCUAAAUUCAUCUAUGAUGAAGAAAAGGCUCUGGAGAAAACCCGAAAGAUAUUAACCGAGAAGAUUGCACAACUGAACUCUGCUAUUGAUGAUGUUUCUGCUCAGCUUCGAACAGAAGAUGCCCCAAAUGGAGUGGCGGUGAACUCGGAUGAAAUUGAAGCUGCUAUAUGAGAUAGACACUGUAUGUGUUACGAUACAUCAUUUCGCCCUCGUGUAAUUUCAGGGCAAGAAAUAACAGCCGAGCUUGAUUAUGAUGUCUUCUUCUUACCAGGCAGUGUGGUUGUUUGCACAAUUGUGUUUGAGGCUCAAGUGGGCACGCAUAUUUUGUGACUUUUAUGAUGCAUCAUUUGGACCUAAACUUCCAUAUAGCUGUGAUUUUGGUGCUUGGAUUGCAUGUAUUAUGAAAUGCCAAAGAAUUUUAUCCAAA